AUGACUACAUUUACCGACGCUAAUAGUAGAAUAUCUGGAUCUGAUUCACCAAGAUCUUCUACAUCUUCUCAAAAGGAAGUUGUUAAUUCAUCUUCUUCGUUAUCUGAUCCAGAAGAAUUUAGAGGAGAACUUGGUUUUGAUUCCGGGGAUGCAGAUGCUGAUUUAGAUAAAUUAUCAAAGAUUAAUUCAAGAUCAGAAUCUGCCUUAGGUGCAAAUAGAACUCUAUCUCGUAUCUUAACAGGUACUCAAGAUGUUCCAGAAAAGACUACAGUUGACUAUUCAAACACAUUACCAAUGGGUGGUGAUAGACCAUACCCACCUGAAUUACCAGAUAGAGAUGCAUUCGAAGUUACCUUCGAUGGUCCAAAUGAUCCUAUGCAUCCGUUCAAUUGGCCUUUAAGAAAAAAAAUUAUUAUUUGUGUUGUCUUAUGUCUAGAUUGUAUCUGUAUCUCUAUGACAAGUAGUAUUUUUGCCUCUGGUGUUCAACAAAUUUGUGAAAUUUAUAAUGUUAUUCAAGUUGUUGCCAUUUUAGGUGUUACUCUAUUCGUUUUAGGUUUUGCUGCAUCUCCUAUCAUUUACGCUCCUUUAUCAGAAAUUUAUGGUAGAAAAGGUGUUUUGAUUAUUUCCGCAUUUGGUUUCACCUUAUUUCAAUUUGCUGUUGCAACAGCAGAAAAUUUGCAAACAAUUAUGAUUUGUAGAUUUUUUGGUGGGUUAAUUGGUGCUGCUCCUAUGGCCGUCGUUCCAGCUGCUUUUGCCGAUAUGUUUGAUACUAACAUGAGAGGUAAAGCUAUUUGUUUAUUCUCCUUGGGUGUCUUUGUUGGUCCUAUCUUAGCUCCAGUUAUGGGUUCUUAUAUUGCUCAACAUACUACUUGGAGAUGGUUAGAAUAUGUCGUUGGUUGUUUUGCAGCUGCAGUUUUUGUCGCUACUGUACUUUUCUUUGAAGAAACUCAUCACCCAACCAUUUUGGUUGCCAAGGCAAAACAAAUGAGAAAGGAUACUGGUAAUUGGGGUAUUCAUGCUGCUCAUGAAAAUGUUGAAUUAUCUAUUCGUGAUAUUGUUCAAAAUACUAUUAGUAGACCUAUUGUUAUGCUUGCUACUGAACCAGUCUUAUUAGUUGUCACAAUUUAUAAUUCUUUCGUUUAUGGUAUUUUAUAUCUGAUGCUUGAAGCUUACCCAAUUGUCUUUGUCGAAGGCUACGGCUUCUACACUAAUGGGGAAUUACCUUAUAUUGCUUUAAUUAUUGGUAUGUUGGUUUGUGCUAUCUUUAUUUGGUAUAUGGAUAGUGAUUAUCUGAGAAGAGUUCGUGCCAAAGGUGGUCUGGUACCAGAAGCAAGAUUAUAUCCAAUGAUUGUUUCAGGUGUUGUCUUCCCAAUUGGUAUUCUAUGGUUCUGUUGGACUGGUAACUAUCCAGAUAAGAUUCAUUGGAUUUGCCCAACUAUUGCUGGUGCUUUCAUUGGUUUUGGUUUAAUGGGUAUUUUCUUACCAUGUCUAAAUUAUAUCAUUGAAUCAUACUUAUUAGUUGCAGCAUCUGCUGUUGCGGGUAACACUUUCCUAAGAUCAGGUUUUGGUGCUGCCUUCCCAUUAUUUGCAGGAUAUAUGUUCCAUGGUAUGGGUACUGGUUGGGCUGGUCUACUUUUAGGUCUGUUCUCCGCUGCAUUGAUUCCAGUUCCAUUAUUAUUACUGAAAUACGGACCUGGUAUCAGAAAGAGAUCCAGAUUUGCUUAUUCUGGAUGA